AUGUUGCAGACUUUUCUUGCUCCAAUGAACCACGUCUUCCCAGCUGAGGAUGAUGUCAACAAAUAUGUAGAUGACAACUGCUCGCUUAUGUACCUAAAUGAAGCCACUCUUCUCAACAAUGUCAAAGUGAGAUACAACAAGGACCUCAUUUACACUUAUGUGGCUAAUAUCCUGAUAGCUGUUAAUCCGUACUACGAUAUACCUAAACUGUACAGCCCUGAGGCCAUCAAGUCAUACCACGGAAAGUCACUGGGCACUCUGCCACCCCACGUCUACGCUAUAGCGGAUAAAGCCUACAGGGACAUGAAGGUUUUAAAGAUUAGUCAAUCCAUCAUAGUCUCUGGUGAAUCUGGUGCUGGAAAGACUGAAAAUACCAAAUUUGUCCUCAGAUAUCUGACAACAACCUAUGGAAGUGGUCAAGAUAUCGAUGAGAGGAUUGUAGAAGCAAACCCCCUCCUCGAGGCCUUCGGAAAUGCGAAAACCGUCCGUAACAAUAACAGCAGUCGAUUUGGGAAGUUUGUAGAAAUCCACUUUAAUGAAAAAAAUGCUGUCGUAGGAGGCUUUGUCUCCCACUAUUUGUUGGAAAAGUCAAGGAUUUGCAUGCAGAGCAACGAUGAGAGGAACUACCACAUCUUCUACAGGCUGUGUGCUGGUGCAUCUGAGGACCUGAAGAAAAAAUUACACCUGGACUCUCCAGAUAACUUUAGGUACCUGAACCGAGGAUGCACCAGAUACUUUGCCAGUAAAGAGUCUGAUGAACAAAUACUGCAGAGCCGCAAGAGUUCUAAGCAUCUCAAAGAGGGCGCUCUGAAGGACCCCCUCCUGGACGACCAGGGAGACUUCAACAGGAUGUGCGUGGCCAUGAAGAAGAUCGGUCUGAAUGACACGGAGAAACUGGACCUUUUCAGAGUCGUUGCUGGAGUUCUGCAUCUGGGCAACAUUGACUUUGAAGAGACGGGGAGCUCCUCGGGUGGUUGUGUCUUAAAGAAUCAGUCAAACCAGACUCUUGAGUAUUGUGCGGAUUUGUUGGGCCUGGACCAGGACGACCUGCGCGUCAGCCUCACAACAAGAGUGAUGCUUACCACAGCAGGGGGAGCCAAAGGCACAGUUAUCAAGUAA